CAUCUCCACCUCUCUGUGAUUUCAAAUUGAAAAUCCAAAUACAAAACCCACCAUCUUUCACUCUGCUUCACUUCCAGCGCUCUGAGACUUCAUCUUCUUCAGAUCAUCAGACGGCGAGAUCAGAAAUGGGUCAAAAGAAGGGCGUCCGUACGAUCUCCCAAGCCGCUUUCGACGAGUUGGUGAGAGAGAACAUGGAAGACUUAGGCAUGGAGCCCGCUGAAGCCCUCGAAGACGCCCUGCAAACCCUAACCCUCCAGGGCGUCGACCUCUCCGGCAUUGUCGCGUGUGUUCCUGGAGACGGCAGUGUUGGGGACAAUCCAGUGAUUCAGUCUUUGGAUCGGUUGAAGCAAUUGGAUUCUGAUUGGGUGGGCUUUGGAGAGAUGGUGGAGGUGUUUGAUAAGCUAACCGAGUUGUGUUCGAUUGAGGGAUCCGACAAUGCGGCGAUUGCGACGAGGAAUGGGGGUGUGGAAGUGGUGUGUUCUGUUUGUUCAAAGAUUCGGGUGGGGUGUGAAGGUGAUUCGGUUCUUGUUUCUGGGUUGACGACAAUGGCAUCAUUGCUUCACGAUGUUCAAAGUACAGAAACAUUUCAAAAGAUUGGCGGACCAAAAAUUGUGGUGGGUGUCCUGAAUGAUGCCAGUCAAAAUGUAGACAUCUUGAACAGUGGUUUCUCUGUUGUUGCUGCGGCUGCAACUGGUAAUGAGAUUCUGAAGGAAUCAUUCAUGGACUUGCAAAUUGAUGAGCUCAUCAUCCAAAUUAUGAAGAGCCAUGGUAGAGGCAGAGUCCACAGCAUAUAUGAUGCUAUAUGUGUUCUGUUAACACCUGAUGAUAAUCGUGUCGUGGCUUCCCAAGUUUAUGGUUAUGCUCGAAGAUUUGCCAAAGCUGGAAUUGCAGGAGCUCUUGUAGAAUCACUUGGUGAAGGGCUUCGUUCACCUAGUCUGGUUUCAGCAAGCAUUGCAUUAAAGGCUGUUGCUGUCAAUGAUGAAAUCUGUAAAUCCAUUGCUGAAAGUGGAGGUAUAGAUGCAGUGCUCCGAUGCAUUGAUGACAGUGGUGAACAAGGCAACAAAACUGUAGCCAGAGCUUGCUGUUCUUUGUUAUCUAAGUUGGCAGGAAGCGACGCAAAUAAGAGUACUAUAGUUGAGAAGGGUGGAAUGGAUAGGCUAAUCAAACUCUCUGCCAGAUUUUCUGAUGACCCUUCUGUUCUGCAAGAGGUUAUGCCCAUUUUUUGUGUCCUUUCAUUGAGAUCACCAGACAAUGCAGCCCGUGCUGUUGAGGCUGGUGCUGGAGACCUUGCCAUCCAGGCCAUGCAGAAGUUUCCUGCAGCACAACAGAUGCAGAGGAACUCUUGUCUCAUGAUCCGAAACCUUGUGGUCAGGAACCAAGAAAACAGAACCCUUUUGCUCAGUAAUGGCAUUGAGAAGAUAAUAAGAAAAGCCAAAGAAAACCAUGAAAGUUGCAAAGAUGCUGCUAAUGACGCACUGAGGGAUCUGGGUCUUGACUACAAUUCAUAGCCAUACUCCAAAAAAUUCACCUGUUUUGGAUUCAUUCUUUUGCCUGCUCAAUUUUAUUUCCUAGUUGAGUUGUGCACUGGCAGGGCUAUGAUUGACAAGCUUUAUGUAACAUGAUCCAUAAGGAGGUAAUAGAUGUUCUCUUGGAUGAACUUGGUGUAAUUUUAUAUGUAUUUUGUGUUGGAAACAUAUGGAGGCUAUGGACCUUUUAUCUUCA